CCUAAGAGGGUUUUACCAGCAGCACCAAUGCCCAAGAAUUCUCCCCAAACAAGCUCUGGAUCUUCCAUUUAUCCCAGCAGAGGAAGAAAACAAACCUAGAUACAGCAGCUGAGAGGAGCAGAGGGGAGAACGGUUCAUCCGCUCUGAGCCAGUCCUGGGAGCUUGACGGGAGUCGGACAGCCUUAGGUAGGAACAUGCACUUCAGGACCACUGCGCCCACUUUGCUGCUGCUUCUUUGUCUGCUGGAGGUGAGAGGGCAGGAGCGGGGGUACCUGCAGGGGGCUCUCAGGGCCUUGGAUCUGCCCCUGGGUGCAGACGACAAUGAGCCACGGCUCCACAAGAACCACACCGGGGUCCUGAUCACCAAGCUCCUCCAGGUGGUACACUGUGCAGAGCAGACUGGAACCUCUCAGGACGGCUGUAACAAGUGCCUGACACCAGAUGUGGCUCUCUCUGUGCUGAAGCAUGAUGGGAAGGCUUACAUCACUGAGGAGGACUAUCAGCGGAUCUCUACUGUUCUGCUGUACUACAUAAUUAACCUGCAAGACCUGUGCGUGUCAAAUGCUGCCUCUCCUUCCUCCUUUUCCUCAUCCUCCUCCUCCUCUUUUGGGAACUAUCAGUUCUACCUUUUGGCCCUAACCAGUCUACACCCAGCUGAGGAUGACCACUUCCUGUCACCCGGUGAAACAGAGAGUAUUCUGCAGGUCAUCAACCAGCACUACGACCCCCCCGAUAAAGACGCCUCAUCUGAUUUGCGAUGUUUUGAUGCCGCUCGCCUCCUUGAAGAUGUUGACGUAGAAGAAAAAGCAGGCGCUGGUGUGUUUUCUGUGCCCAAACUGGCCGCAUCUAUCAUCAGCCACGUCCUGCAGGGCCACUGUUUCAAACGGAGGAACCUCCCAUCUCCUGCUUUCUUCACUGAAUACAUCUUUCAAUCCCUAAAUCGCACAAGUGAACUGCAGAUAAUGGAUUUAGAAGAGUUGCUUCAUCAGUUGGGAGUGGGACAGGAAGCAGCGACGCACUCUCACCACAGGAAGAGGCGGAGUUCACAGAAAGGGGCCAGGCCUCCGCUGGAUGGUUGUCAACAUGAAAAUGUUGGAAUAAGCAGAGACUGGGCACAGGUGUGUUUUUCGGCCAAUCAGCUGGUGGAUAUUUUUGCUCUGAAUCCCCAUUUGCCGAUUUCCAAGGAGCACUUCAGGCAAAUGUGCCCAGCCAUCAUCCAGCAGUUGCUAGGCAAUGCCUGCGAGUCUGCAGAGCAAAAGAGAAGAGGAUCUCUGCCCACUGCUCUCGAGAAGUAUGGCUACAGCACGGCUGCCGUCCUGCUCAUCACGGUGGGCUCCAUGCUCGGUAUCUGCCUGAUCUUCUUCAACUCCUGCCAGGAAACCUACACACUGAUCCUGCAGCUGUUUGUGGGCCUGGCAGUGGGGACCCUCUCAGGAGAUGCACUCCUGCACCUCAUACCACAGAUCCUUGGGCUCCAUGAUGCCACUCACAGUCACGAUGACGAACACUAUACAGAGGGGAAGGACUAUCUGUGGAGGAUUCUGGGCAUGAUCGCAGGGAUCUAUGGCUUUUUCCUUAUUGAAAGAAUCUUCUCCUUUUUUGUUCCCUCUCAUGGCCAUCAGGGUCAUGGUGACCUUCCCUUAGAGCUCAACUGCAACGGCCAGUCACAGAGGGGCAAGUCCAUCUCCACCAUACAGCUGGGACCAGUGGAUGACUUGGAGUGUGCAGAAGUAUCUCCUGAGCAUGUCGACACAAGGAGGCCUUCACAUCAGAGACAAGGGGUUCCUCUGCUGGCUGUGAUGGUAAUCGUGGGAGACAGCCUUCAUAACUUUGCUGAUGGCCUGGUUGUCGGGGCAGCCUUCUCCUCUUCAGCCGAGACCGGCAUGGCGACCACCGUGGCCAUCCUGUGCCACGAGAUACCGCACGAGAUGGGGGACUUUGCAGUGUUGUUGAGCUCUGGACUCUCAGUGAAGACUGCUGUGCUAAUGAACUUUCUCAGCGCUCUGACAGCCUUCAUGGGCCUCUACAUUGGACUGUUUGUUUCCUCGGAUAUGGAAGUGCAGCAGUGGAUCUUUGCUGUUACUGCUGGGAUUUUCCUCUAUCUGUCACUGGUAGAAAUGCUUCCAGAGAUGAGUCGAGUGAAGACGGACAGACCGUGUCUCAUGUUCUUCCUACAGAACCUCGGUCUGUUGAUGGGUUGGGCCUGUCUUCUGCUCCUCGCACUCUUUGAACAUGAACUCACAUUCUAAUGCAGUGUACGUGACGUAUAUCUCUUCACGCAGGGUUGAGCUGAAAACAAACUUGUUUUCUAGUGUUUUUUGACUUGAACGUGUUAGUGUGUGCAACCAGGGUGUUUAACUCAUUAUUGGUCAACGAGUGAGUAUUUCAUGAUGUUGUAGUCUCAGCACUGGAUGGUAAAUGUACGUUAGCUGUAUGAUGAAUCCUCCUUUUUUUUAUACUUGAUGAUUUAUUUUUGUAUGUUAGGUCUCUGGACGUUGAAUAGUUUAAACUCUAAUGACCUUAUUUGGCAGAUUCAGGUACAAUUGUGCAUAUCUGUUGUUCUGUGAAAUAUCUACAUCGCCUCAGACAAUCAAAUCAUUUGAUUUUGGAGUCAUGACUCACAAGCAAAAUAUAAAGUAUUGUAAAUCUACUUCACUACACCAGUGUCUUUAUACUGAUAGGGAAAUGUGUAAUUUAAAAAGUCAUCAAGUUGUAUAAUAACGCUUUAUUUUACAGGCUUAUAAUUUCUGCAUAAUUUCCAAGUAUUUGCUCAGAAGUUUCCUGAUAAGGACAGCAGAGACAAGUGUUCUUUUAAUACACUUCCAAUUAAUUAAUUCUAAUUAUAUGGUGAUUUAGUACUGUACUUCCACAAAUUGGAAGAUACACAGAGGACACAUUUUAAGAAGGUAUAAUGAUUUUAGUCUUUCAUUCAGAGUUCUCACACAUUUCUACCAAUACAUUUUCAAAACUUUUUCGUAGCUUUUCCAUAAUAUUUUACCUCAUUUCCAUGGAUUUAUUGAACUGGUUUGAAUAAGUAGGCUUAUAGAGACAGUGCGCAGUGCAUCAUACAUACAAACCAUGCUCACUGGAGGGUAAAACUAUUGGCGCAAUAAUAUAGACCCUUUCAUGGCCAAUGUCAGUGACUUCAGUUGGUUAGCUGGAGGCAAAACAUGACUCACCACCACAGAGCUGUAGGCUACACAGGUCUUACACUAAAAUGAGAGCCCUGUUGGUUGAAGAAGAGCGUUAUAUUUCUACAUGAAUUAAUGGUCAAGUUAAUCACAUAUUCACUCAACUCGAUGCUCUGCUGCUCUGUCUUCCCAGAUAGAGUGCUGAGAGUGCGCUCUGACACUCUGAAAGUGCGGUGCUCUGGAUAACAGAACGGUACAUUCAGACGGCGUUACAAAUUUACGAAUGGUCCAGUUUGUGCCAGAGUGCACUCCAACACUCAGGAUGAGUAUUUCUGAAGGCACCACUCGUAUCACCUUCCACCACUGUCUAAAACAAGCCAAAUAGAACUAGCUAGCUAGCGCUGGCUAAUGUCUGUGGAGAAUUGUUUUGCCUCCAGCCAAGCCACACCCACCAAAAAACAUCAUACUGUUCAGGAACAGUAAAAGGUUCUACACAACCAAUGCUAACAAAAUGCCUGUAGCUAGCUAAAAACAUUAUAUAUCACCGUAUCAGAGGAGUAUUUUAGCACCUUAUGUCAACCAGAGAGGAAAAAGUUACAUUAAUAAACUCAAUAUUGUCAGUUUAUCUUAGAGUCUGCCUGUUCUUACCUUGGUUAUCUUGGAGAAAUGACUGAACAGCCAAUAGUGACAUCCUUUGAUAUUUAAAAGUAUUUGAAUCACCAGAUGAGAUCAUAAUUAAACAUAACGAAGAUCAAAACCAGGCAUUAAAAACUUUAGUUAGCUUCAUCCUCUCUGGUCUAAAUAGCAUGGUGCUUGUUGCACGUAGAUGUACUGACUGUCAGGAUCCCACAAUUUUUACAUAUGUUCCUGCUGAUGCCUCAUGUCUUGGUGCUUAAAAGCUCAGUUUUCGGUUCAUCAGCUUGUAAAAAUGUAGUCAUGGAUUCUUUGCCAUGGUGGUAGAGCAUCCCACUGCAAAGUGGCUUUAAGGCAUUUUUGUGUUGUUUGCUAGCAGACGUAUAAGACAAGGAGGCACCUUCAGGAGAACGAUGAGCUGUUGGGGACAAGACGUAUAUGUGCUCUGUCUCCAUGUAGAGAUACAGCCAAACUUUACCCUUGUUAGACAUUCCAGCCAGCGACUAGCUGCAUUUGGCAACAGACCAGGCUGGUACAUACAUGUACUUCGCAAAGCCUUAGUUAACAUGCUACACAUAAGCUUUUCUGCAGAUACCCGUAUCUCUCCUGAUGUGACAGCGUGAUUUUUUGACCCAAAAGGGGGUGCAACCCGGCAAUGAUGCUAUGGUCUGGUCUAUGUGUAUCACGCUAUGUUAGAAAUUCGUGGGGUGCUGCUUCGUAGGAUAUUAUACGAACUGUUGUAUGAGGAUAUGUUGCAUAGCACAGCACUAGAUUUUAAAU